CCCCGCCCCGCCCGCGGCCGCUCUGGCCGCGCACCCGGAAGCGGCGGCGGGGCCGCGCCAUGGCGGGGACGGCGCUGAAGCGGCUCAUGGCCGAGUACAAGCAGCUGACCCUGAACCCACCAGAAGGGAUUGUGGCAGGUCCCAUGAAUGAAGAGAACUUCUUUGAAUGGGAAGCCUUGAUCAUGGGUCCUGAAGACACCUGCUUUGAGUAUGGGGUUUUCCCUGCUAUCCUGAGUUUCCCACUCGAUUACCCGCUGAGCCCUCCGAAGAUGAGGUUCACGUGUGAGAUGUUCCAUCCCAACAUUUACCCAGAUGGGAGAGUGUGCAUCUCUAUCCUCCAUGCUCCUGGGGACGAUCCCAUGGGAUAUGAGAGCAGCGCAGAGCGGUGGAGUCCCGUGCAGAGCGUGGAGAAGAUCCUCUUGUCAGUUGUUAGCAUGCUGGCAGAGCCAAAUGAUGAAAGUGGAGCCAAUGUAGACGCCUCCAAGAUGUGGCGGGAAGACAGAGAACAGUUUAACAAAAUUGCCAAGCAGAUUGUGCAGAAGUCACUUGGACUUUAAGCUCACAGAGAGACUGAAGUGUUUUGUAUUUCUCUCCACCUGGAAACGAGCAGUGCUCAGUGCUGGUACCAAAAAGGAAAACUUUGUAAAACCAUUGGCCUAGUUCUUAAAAUUCGUUAUUUAUUUGCCAUCUCUUUUCUUCCACUGUUCCAGAGAAGCCUCUAGUUCACUCACUAAAUUGUGUGGAAAAGGGAUUUAAUGGUAGAGAAAAAUACAGAGACAAUGCUGUUUCAAAGGCUGCUUGCUACUACCUUACUUUGUGGUGUGGAGAGUCUGGAGCCUUGGCAAUCUGCAGCCCCCCUCACCCAACUGCUGUUGGAGAGCAGUGCUGGUUUGGAUCCUCUGCUGGCAGAAUUAGUUGUGUUUUUAUAGGUAGCAUUGCAUCUGGAGCAGCAGUAGACAGGAAUUAUUCUAUCCAUUCUGUACUUGUUAGGUUAAGGGCAGCAGUUGCAGUCAGAUCUGAUUUGAAGAGUAUAGUUAGCAGGAGAGGCUGUGAAGUCAGGGUGUGUUAGCAAAGAAAGGAACUUCAGGGAGUGAGCUGUGAGGACUGGCUGGGGGUCUGCAAGGGCUUGGUGUUCCCAUGUAACACUGGGAGUUUGUACUGAGCCUUUGGCAGAAAUCCCAAGAACAGCUUUAUUAGUCCUUGAAGACACUCAGUUGUAAACUUUGCACUCAUUUAGAGGCACAAGGUGUAAAGGUUGGAUUGUCCAAGUUCACCUGGGUGAGAUAGGUCAUUGGCAAUUGGAAAAUCCAGUGGGGAUGUGUUUGCUCUGCUAAAACACCAGCUCACUCUGGUGACACAUGAGUGUUGAGAGGAUUUGGCACUGCUUUGCCAUUACAGCCCUGUCACCCAUUUUUGGGUGACCAAGCCAAGAUGAGCAUGAUGGACUUACAAAAAUGACCUGUGACACUCUACACUGAGUGCUCUUGUGUUCUAAAUAGGAGCCCUCUAGAGAAGAUGGGCUGUUUGCUCAAGGAUGGUGCAGUGUGUGUUUUGGGCUGCAGUGUUGUAGCCAGUGUGGAAGGGGCAGGAAAUACCAGCUGGGCAGUUCUUGGAACUGCUGAGGGACCUCUGCUGACCUUUCUGCUUUGCAAGCCAAUCUCGUGUGUAGGUCCAAAUUUCUCCAAUUUACUACAAGCAAUAACAUGCCCAUUGAUAGCACAUGGAAUCCAGUUCUGUUGGCAGCUUUAAAUGGGCUAAAUUUGACAAGGGCUGUUUGUUUGGUUUUUUUUUUUAAAUGUGAAAAAGUGUGACAAGGAAGGAGUCACACCAUGAAAAAAGCUUUACAGAGGUGAUGGUGUGCAUGUGUGUGGCACAACUGUUCAGCAUUUCUGUCUUGCAGUCUGUGCUGCACUUUGCCAUCAUUCUGCACCUCUGAAGAGUUGUAUUGCUACAACCUGCUGAUUUUACCUCCUUGUAGAACUAAUUGUGGCUUUGAUGUCAGGGUGGAAGUGGGACUGGACAUAGCUUGGGAGCAGAGAUGAUGAAAUAGUGUUGUACCUAACUAGUAUUUCAAGGCAUACAGGAAAAUGUAGCACUUUAUGCAAACUGGGAGUGUUUUUGGGAGUAGAGGGAGGAUUGUUCCUGGGAGUGCAGCCACCUUUGGGAGCAAUGCUGGGGAGCUGCAAGAGCCAUGCAGAAACACAGACAUGGCAAAAGUGGGGUUUGCUUAGGUGCUGAGUGUUUUAUUCAUGUGUGCUUGCUCAUUAUCUUGAUUUUAUGGUGGGAUUUAGUCUGUAUACUGAAAAUAAAGUGAUUAUAUUUUCUCCUUU